AUUUCUUAACAAUUGUUGAUUUGGUUGAUUUAUUCGUUAUACUUUUACUUCUCUUUGCAAUCUAUCUAUUGAUGAAAUAUGUUUUACUGUUGAAACAAUUGCUUAAUUCGAACUGUAAACCAACCGAAUAAAACCCAAAUUUGAUUAUGUAUUUGCGCUAGCACUAAGCGUACCUCCACUAAACCGAAGUAAGUGAUCAGUAAUUUGUGUAUUCAUUUCUAAUCGCAAAACCACCGUCACAAAAGCCGCUAAUACAAAACGAUUUGCCAUUUUGUUCAGUAACCAAAAAUAGAUGAUAGCCAGCAUCAGCAAAGCUACUAGCAUUUCACACGUUCGUCCUUUCGGAGUGUUUCAUUCCGCCGUUGCGUAGACAUAGACUGCAUACCUUCCAUCAACUGGCUUGUUUCGUACGAUUUUUGUCUUUAAAGCUUCCAUUCUGUUGUUAUGUUUCAAACAUUGUUCUUUUUUGUGUUGGUUAACCUCAGCUAAUUGAAAUGUUUCUGCAUACAAACAACAUUCAAACAUUGUAUACGUUUCUAAUCUGUAUGUACUGCACAACUACUAAUUCCCCAUUGUUGAAUUAGUGCUGGAUCGGUUCGUUCACUAGCAUCGAUGCCGGGAUCAACGACUUCCUUUGCAGCGAAGCCAACGGCUGUACGCCGUAAGUCACCCGUUAAGCAGCCCCAAUCGAAGCGCGCCUCCAUGACCAUGACACUUUCAUCGUCCAGCUCUCGUUUGUCUCUUAACCGCAGCAGCAGUUCACUGGGUUCAAAGACUCAACUGACAUCGCCCGGCAAUGAGCGACCAGCCGGAAGCUCAUCGAUUCCAACUCCGGUGUCCUCGAUUCCAACCAUGAUGAAGACCGGCGAUCGUUACGAAUCUCUGCACAAAUCGCACAUCAGCCCACCGGAAUCGCUGCAGGCUUCGAAAAGGGCUUCGUUCAUUGAAACCGGAUUCGUGGAAACCCUGAAGCCUCAGUUCACACCCGGACAAUCACUGACAUCCCCUUCACCGGCACCUUCUACUGAGGACCGUAUUCAUUUGUUGCAGCUGCAGCAGGAGAUCGAAGACUUGAAAACGCAGAAUAAAGACUUGGUAGAGAAGCUGGAGACACUGAAGAUGCGUCGUGCCGAGGACAAGGAUCGUUUGCGAGAGUUCGAUAAAAUGAAAACGCAGUACGAACAGCUGGUGGAAUUCAAGAGCAAAAUUAUGGACGCACACUCUCAACUACAGCGCGAUUUUCAGCGCGCCAAGCAAGAGGCUAAGGAUGCGAUUGAAGCUCGUGACCUGCACUCGGAGGAAAUGGCCGAACUUUCGGAGAACGUUGAAAUGAUUACAUUGGAUAAGGAGAUGGCAGAGGAAAAAGCUGAUACACUGGCACUUGAGCUGGAAACAGCGAAGGAGCGAAUCGAGGAACUUACUUUGGAUUUAGAAAUAUUGAAGACAGAAAUGCAGGAGAAAUUAGGCUCCGGUGGUGGCACUAUUGGAGAUGGCGUUGGAACGGGAGCGUCAACUUACGAAUUUAAGCAGCUAGAACAGCACAAUGCUAGACUUCGCGAAACGUUGGUUCGUUUGAGAGAUUUAUCGGCCCACGAGAAACAUGAAAUACAGAAACUUGAAAAAGAGUUGGAAACUAAAAAAUCGGAGGUUACAGAAUUGCAGCGAACUAAGGAGAAACUGUCUAGCAAAAUCGAUGAUCUUGAGGCUCAAUUGAGUGACCUUCAGGAGCAGGUAGAUGCGGCUCUUGGAGCUGAAGAAAUGGUAGAACAAUUGGCGGAGAAGAAAAUGGAACUAGAAGAUAAAGUGAAGGCUCUGGAAGAAGAAAUAGUCGAACUUGAAGCUUUGGAAGAAGUACACGAACAGCUAGUGGAGAGCAACCAUGAACUGGAGAUGGAUAUGCGGGAAGAGUUGGACAUGGCUCAUGCCGCUAAGCGGGAAGCUAUUCGUGAAAAAGAUGCAGCCCUAGAGACUAUUGUCGAUCGCGAUCAAACAAUCCUGAAAUUCCGUGAACUGGUUCAACGACUUAACGACCAAUGCCUGGAAUUGAGAGAAAAACUAAGCCAAGAAUCGAGCAAAGUGGUUAAAGACACUAUUUCGGAAACGAUUGACUUCAAGCAAAUGUUCGCAGAAUCGAAAGCCUUCACGAGGGCAAUCGAUCUGCAGCUACGACAAAUCGAGCUUACUCAAGCGAACGAACAUGUCAAAUAUCUUACCGCAUUCAUGCCGGAGAUUUUCAUGGCUCGUGGUGGCGAUCACGAUGCCAUCCUUGUUAUUCUAUUAGUAUCCCGAAUUGUGUUCAAAUCGGGCAUCAUUGUUAGCCAAGCGAGGGAACGCUUCUCAGCGGUUCCGCAUAUCGAUCGCAGUGCAAUCGUCAGUGGACACGAAGUGUAUCAAUUCCGAUUCCGGUCACGUUUGUUGCAUCACGUACACAACCUGCAAACCGUGAUGCACCAGUUCCUGUACGGACUAACAGCCUGUCAGGCGGACACGUUGCUGAAGAUUGGUGCUUCCUUGCCUGAAAUGCAGGCCCAGGAGAAGAUGGUGGAUGAAAUUGUGGACCUUCUGAAGGCCAACCAACUGGAUGAGAACUCCUCCACGGACAAUCUAGAGAAAUGUGUCACAUUCUUCAACGCGAUGUACUUAGUGCUACUUUCCGGUGAAGAUUUACUUAACGAAACUCAGAUUGUGCGGGAUUGUACUGCUUCUAUCUCGGCGGCAUGUGAUUCUAUCUCAACCGAUGCUAGUGUUAUGAAAACACUGAUCAGGGGUGGCGAUGAAACCAGCGAUUCUGGCCUGUUAAUGCAGUACAUCACUCAAAAUGUUGAGUCUGUCAAGCAGCAGAUAAAACUGGUGAAACGUCGCUUGCCGCAGGACGUUGCUGUAACGAAGUGCAAUUUGUCGAUGAACACUUUACAGAACCUGAAAAAGACAGCCGAAUCGCUCAACAAGCUUAUGAGUGUCAUGUUCCUCAGUGCCAAAGAGAUCAUGCAAAUGGUAACGGCCGAUUCAGAGACAGAAGUUUCACUAUCGCACGAUAAGCUGUGGGACAUUUUAUCUAAUGCCUGCGAGAAGAUUUACGAGCAGGACGAUCUAGGCCCCGCACAGAACAUUCGAUCAGUAUUAAGCAAAACUAGUACGGACAUGAGUCAGCUGGCACAAUAUCUGCUGGAUCAUGAGUAUGAAAUUAUGUCCGGCACUAACGCCAAACCGGAGGAGAAACCUGUUGCACCAAUCAUUCUCCGCGCGCAAGCCGUCAAAAAGCAGCUCGAAGAGACAAAGACGCUUACAGCAACGCUGGAGAACCGAGAGGCUGAAAUUCGACAGCUCAAACUUGCUGCUAAGUUGAAACAAAGUGAACUUUCGGAAAUGCAAAUCCGUAAGGAUCUAGCUGAGAAGAAAUUAUCGGUUCUGCAGCAGGACCACGAAAUCAACACCGCCAGAUUACAGAAGCAAUUCGAAGAAGUAUCUCAACGGUUGGAAAAGAAAGAAAAAGAUUUCGAGGAAACCAUGGACCAUUUACAGAACGACAUCGAUUCACUGGAGAGUGAAAAAAUCAGCCUCCGCGAAAAACUCAAAUCCUACAGCUCAAAGAAAGGGGACCUCAAGACUACCACUGCUUUGGAUAUUUCCGCCAGUUCACCGUACAUCGCUCAGGAGUUGUCGCUGCUUAAAAAGGCCUUCAAGGACGAACGCUCCGAGCGGUUGAAGAUUCAAGCGAACGAGUACAGGAAGAUCCUCAACGGCUUGGAGCCACUCCACGUGCCGCAGCCUAAGGACAAACGCAUCGAGGAGCUGGAGCAGGAAGUCACCAAGGUGAAACACGAUUGGAUAAUGUCGCUCGUUCAGGGAGCCGAGCUACCUGUGACCAAGACGGCUCACGGUAACCUUUCCAAAACUAUCGCGGACCACGAGAACCACCAGAAGCAAAAUCAGCAGCAGAUAAAAACGAAAGCCGAACGUUUGGUGUGUGAGAUUAUGAACGAAUACCUCAGCCGGAAGCCGCACCGGGCGGCCCGGGGUGAUUUUGCCGCAUUCCCUUCGGCCGAGUUGACGUCGGCUUUCAAGAUGAACAUCAAAGUUUAAGCUGAUUUGCUACGUAAGUAAUGUUAUUACGCAAUAUCAAACCGCCUGAGCUAACUAAAAUGUGAACUUAUUCGUGAAUAGUUGUAAUAUCGUUAUUCUCUAAAAUUCUGAUCGGUUCAUGUUUAAAAGACAUUUUGUUUACUAUAUUCAACGCAGAGUGGAUCGCUUUCUAUUUAUUUCUCUGUAGCGAAGCAUUAUAAAGUAUACAUUGCAGAAAAAAACGA